UCCCCCCACCGCCAGCCCUAACCGCGGCAUCUCGCCCUCCAGGCGUGGAAUCAAACCCACCCCGUAAAGAAACAGCCUAAAACCGUAAGAAAAUGUUAGAAAGAUGCCAUAAAGAAACAGUGUCCACCACCAUUUGGUUUCUUCUUCCGCUGUCUUUUUCCUCCCCCGAUUCCCUUAACUUUCCCAACCCAUCUCCGCCUCUCUCUCUCUCUCUCUCUCUCUCUCCUCCCGAUUCCUCUCUCCUCCGGUAAGUAAUUCCAAUCUCAUCUCCUCUUCUCUCUUGAUUCCCCCAUUCACUUUUCUGAGCUCAUUCUGUCCAAAUCUCCCAGAUUUCACCUCUACACGAAACACACAAGGGUUAGCCUUCCUUUUUGUUUUUUUUUUCCUUCUUUCACAUCCUUAACUGUACUUUCAGCCGCCCCUUCUUUUUCCCUACCUCUGUUUCUAGCGUGGGGUGGUAGAGGUGGAAUUUCUCAAUAAAUGGUUCAGGAUGCGUCGUUAGGGUUAUUGCAUUGUCUGUAGUGGUGCAAACCCUAGCCUGAAGACUAGGAGGGUUUGUUUAAGGUUGAAAAUGCCCCCAGAAGGGGCGAAUUCGACCGGUGAUGGAGCUGAGUUCGCGUUCGCCAUGGAGUACCACGGCCCGCCCAUAACCGGCGACCUUCCCCGGGCCGUCCCGAUCAAUGUGCAAAGCAUUCCAGUUGCUUCCGUGGUCUCCCAGGUGCCAUUGCCCGGGAAAUUUUCGUUGCCAGUUGUGCAACCUAUAUUGGCACCUGAUAUUGCUAGAAAGUUUUCGAAAGAGUUGAAACUCGGUUUGGAACACAGUGUUCCGCCCGCGUCUUUGAUAGCCUUUGAUAGGCGAAGUGGGGAGGUUCGUGAUGCGAAAGAAUUAGGGUUAGGGUCUGAGACAACUGUUUCUCCGACUUCUGUGAUUGCGUUUGAGGAGACUAGCACUCCGAGCAAUGGGGAUUUUGCUUUAUCAGGUGAGUUUGGCAGCUUGAGCGCUUCGGAUUUCCGAAUUGGUGAUAAGGGCUCUGGAGAGUUUUCGGAUGUGAUCUGUUCCUCCGUAAGCCAUGAACAUUCGAAUGAGUUGAUGGGUGGGCCAGGAAGCUCGGGCACUUUGGGAUUUUCGGGGAGUUUCGAUAAGCCAAAGGAUGUAUUGGGAAGCUCGGGUGGGCAUAGGGUUUCAAAUGGCUGUAAGGAUAGUUUGGACUUUAAUUAUUUGAACCAAACAGAGUGGGAAUCAAGUGAGUCAGUUUUGAGCUUGGAUUACCCUUCUUCUAGGGUUUCUUCUCUUAGGAUUGGGGAUUGCAACAAUGAACCUGCUUGCAGCACGAGACGGACUCCGGUGGUAACUUUCUGCGAUAUUGAGUCAAAUGAGGCAGAUUUUGACGAAGCAUUAAGUCAUUAUGAACCUGAAGUUGUCCGAGCAAAAAGAGAACCUGGGGUUAAGGCAAGGAAGGGAGCUUGCUAUCGAUGCUUUAAAGGAAACAGAUUCACUGAAAAGGAGGUCUGCAUCGUUUGUGAUUCCAAGUAUUGUAGUAAUUGUGUGCUCAGAGCAAUGGGGUCUAUGCCAGAAGGAAGGAAGUGUGUUACAUGCAUCGGAAGUCCUAUUGAUGAGUCAAAGCGAGGAAACUUGGGGAAAUGCUCUCGAAUGUUCAAGAGACUGCUUAAUGACUUGGAAGUUCGACAAAUAAUGAAGGCUGAGAAAUUGUGCGAAGUUAAUCAAUUGCCGCCACAGAAUGUUGUUGUGAACGGUAAGCCUCUCUGUCAAGAGGAGGUGGCUAUUUUGCAGAGUUGCCCAAACCCACCAAAGAAGCUCAAACCUGGACAUUAUUGGUAUGACAAAGUAUCUGGUCUUUGGGGAAAGGAAGGACAGAAGCCUUCCAAAAUUAUUAGUGCCCAUCUGAAUGUUGGGGGUCCAAUCAAAGUGGACGCCAGCAGUGGAAACACACAAGUCUAUAUAAAUGGUCGGGAAAUUACAAAAGUAGAACUCCGAAUGUUGCAGUUGGCAGGUGUUCAAUGUGCUGGCAACCCUCACUUCUGGGUGAAUGAGGAUGGUUCGUACCAGGAAGAGGGACAAAAAAAUACGAGGGGGUAUAUCUGGGGCAAGGCUGGGACAAAGCUGGUUUGUGCUGUGCUAUCCCUUCCACUUCCUUCUAAGUGUGCGAAUCCUUGUGGAGAACAAGUGAAUAGUCUUGUUUGCCGAACUGUGCCUGAUUACCUUGAGCAGAGAACCCUUCAGAAACUUUUUUUGAUAGGGUAUAGUGGAUCUGGAACUAGUACUAUAUUUAAGCAGGCCAAGAUCCUUUACAAAGAUGCCCCUUUCUCAGAAGAUGAACGUGAAAGUAUCAAAUUAGUGAUCCAGAGCAAUGUGUAUGGCUAUCUUGGUAUUCUUCUUGAGGGACGUGAGCGUUUUGAAGAUGAAAACUUGAAUGAAAUGAGGAAGCAUCAAUCUGAUGAUGAUACAGGUCAUUCAGGGAAUACUGAUGGGAAUGAUGGCAAAACUAUCUUUUCCGUUUGUCCAAGGUUGAAAGCAUUCUCCGAUUGGAUUCUCAAAGUUAUGGUAUCAGGUAAUUUGGAAGUCAUUUUCCCAGCCGCUACUCGGGAAUAUGCGCCAUUAGUUGAGGAGUUGUGGAACAAUUCAGCCAUUCAGGCAACAUACAGCCGGAGAAGUGAACUAGAACUGCUGCCUAGUGUUGCUAGUUAUUUCUUAGAGCGGGCAGUUGAUAUAUUGAGUCCAGAUUAUAAACCAUCUGACGUGGACAUCCUAUAUGCCGAGGGGGUUACCUCAUCCAAUGGGCUUGCUUGUUUGGAUUUCUCAUUUCCCCAGGCGGAACCUGACAUUGAUAUUGACACUGCUGACCUGCAUGAUUCUAUGCUUAGAUACCAGUUAAUAAGAGUACAAGCAAGAGGGUUUGGUGAAAAUUGCAAGUGGUUGGAAAUGUUUGAAGAUGUUCGACUUGUCAUCUUCUGUGUCGCCUUGAGUGACUAUGACCAAUAUGCUAUAGAUGGAGAUGGGGCUUUGGCGAACAAGAUGUUACUAAGCAAGAAGUUUUUCGAGUACAUUGUAACUCAUCCAACCUUCGAUCAGAUGGACUUCCUCCUCAUACUUAACAAAUUCGAUCUGUUCGAGGAAAAGAUAGAACGGGUCCCUCUGACACAGUGUGAUUGGUUCAAUGAUUUCCAUCCUGUGAUUAGCCGAAGUCAACGCUUCAACAGCAACAGCAACAGCAACAACAUCAAUAGUAACCCCUCCCUCGGCCAGCUAGCUUUCCAUUAUACUGCAGUUAAAUUCAAGAGGUUAUAUUCGUCUCUCACAGGUCGGAAGCUGUAUGUUGCUCCGGCAAAGGGUUUGGAGCCUAAGAGCGUUGAUGAGGCCCUUAAAUAUGCAAGGGAGAUUCUGAAGUGGGAGGAAGAGAGUUCCAACUUCAGUUUGAGUGAGUACUCAAUUUACAGUACUGAGGCAAGCACUUCCUCUCAUUGACAAUGGCAUCAUAGAGAAAAAGCUGGUAAAAUGGACUAUUCCACUUCACAAGUAUCAUUCCAUUUGUACAUAAAAGAUUCUGUAAAUGAUUGUCGAAAACAAGCAGGAUGCAAAAUUCCCGGAUGGUGCUGCCGUUAUACAUCCAUAGUUGCUCCCAAAUUUAGGGUGAUACUGCGGUGCUGCAUAUGGUUUAGCAGUCACCAAAUUCUGGUACGGUGCUCCUUGUAACAAGUUUGAAUAGUCGUGCCGUUUGGGGAUUCUAUUCUAAAAUAUUCUUCCACUGGCCUUGUAGGUUAGGUAGUACGCAAAUUUUCUCUCAAACUUGGUGUUAGUGCUAUUCUUCUUGUUGUAUUUGCCUAUCGGGUUAUCUAGAAUGAAAAUGCAGCUGAUUUGUAUGUUAGUCUAUCAACUUUGCAACCCUGCAAAUGCCCUUUUUGCUUGAUGGGACUCCUUCUGGCUUGACACAAAAUGUACGAUUGUUUGGAAGUUCAACCUCAAGAUUUAUGAUCACAUUAGACACGCCGGGUUUGAAGUGUAUGUAUCAGUCUUUUUAUACAUUUUUCUUUCAUCCGCUAA